ACUGGCAGGCAGCCCUGAUCCUGGGGCCUGGCUGCCAGCUUCUGCCUGGGCUGGCAUAGAGGACAACCAGUUGGCCUCUUGUGCUCUGAGCUGGCUGGGCACAACGUGUCAGGGUAAGAGGGGCCCCUAAGGGGCUUCAAGCAGGAGGGCUGAGGGCACUACCAGUUCAUCUAUGGCAGACAGCUUCAUACAGCCACCAGUACUGGGGAUAUGGGUGCAGGCUACCCUCCCUACUGGCUUGGCACCAGCUGGGUCAGUCCACUGUCCCUCCAGCCUGCCCUUCCCCUAGCAUCCGUGGCUGUAGGAGUGUCCUUAGCAGGGCUGGGGGAGGGCCAGGGGCUGGCUGCCGGUUAAAUUUAGUGUGUGAGGUAGGGCAGCUGCCCAAGGUCCAGCUGCCACUUGGGUCCUGCUGCCAGGGGGUGGGCAGGGGCUGGCCCUGCCUAGGACCAAACUCUUAAUAACCUGUGCUCAGGCCUGGGGGUUAGUGGGGCAGGCCUACUUGUGUUGGGAGGCUGUUGUGGCAGUGGAGCUGAGAGGUGUGAGGUGAGGGGGUGGCCAGUCGGGGCUCCCUGAUGGCUUCUGUCUUAACUAGCAGGGUCAGAGGAGCAAAGACCCUCCCCUUGCCUUGGGCCUGACCAGCUGCCUACAGCUCAGCUCAGAGGGCUGGCUUCUGACCCUCAGUUCAAGUUUAGAUGCUGGCUGCUGGGGUAGGCCAACCCUGGGCACGGCCUGUCGGCUCCUUGCAGGGCCUGUGGAGGUGGGGCUCUGAGGGCCUAUCACGGCUCCCUUCCCACUCUCUCCACCAACCAGGAGCAAAAGUGAAGGGGAGCGUAGGUCACCCCUGGCCUGGAGUGUGUUUCAGGGGCAACCCCCAGCUGGUGCCUGGUGAAAGGGCAUGACUACAGCCUGGACAGCUGAGGUGUGAGGUGUCCCUGGGCCCAGGGCUGGCCUGUCUCCAGCCCCCUUGCUUAACAUCCCUGACCCCCUGCAGUGCUGAUCAGGGACCAAGGUCCAACCAUAGCGCCCUUGCAGCCUCUAGGCCAUGGCCACCAGCCCAGAAGGGGCUGAAUGGAACCCAGAGGCUGAACUUCUCACUCCCCUCCCCCAGCGCACCCCCCCCAGUCCCCCGCCCAGAUUCCUGAGGCCUGGCUCAGUUACCUAGGAGACAGGUCCACUGGCCCCGGCAAAGAUGGGGGCACUGAGAGGGCUAGGCCUCAGCUGAGCCCUGCUGGGGUAAAUCUCCAGCGGGCCCUGGGCUCCAUUCUCAUCUUGGGGGGGGUUACCCUUAUCCAGCUCUGCCAACCCCCAGAGUUGCUGGGCCCAGGCUUAGCCCCUCCCCUCCCAUGACACUUAGUCCCUCCCAGUUGCCUAGACUUCUGUAUCUGCCCCCAUCUGGGUCUCCUGCUCUCUUGUCAUGGGGACACUGGGCGGGCACUGGGCCUCGCCCCAAGCUCCGCCUGCCGCCUCACCCACUCCCUCUGGCUCCCUGGGGCAGAACUGUGCCCAGACGGGUGGGGCGGGGCCCAGCCGUCCCCAGCUCCUUCAGCCCUUUUUGUCCCUUUCAGUGGGAUCAGCGGGCUGCAGCGAAGAGGGUGCCCUCUUACCUUGAGUCUCCACAAUCCAGGCUCCCCUCUCCCAGCCCUGGUCCACUGAGCCUGGACCCACCUGCCCCCAUCCCCACUUUGGGGUCCUGCUGUCUGAGCUGCCUUCCUGCCUGGUCUGAGCAGAGCCAUGGCCUUGAGGGCAGGUAACCAGAGCCAGGCUACACGGAAUGGGCUGAAGGAGAAGGUGCUGACACUGGACACCAUGAACCCGUGCGUGCAGAGGGUGGAGUAUGCCGUGCGAGGCCCCAUAGUGCUUCGCGCCUUGGAGCUGGAGCAGGAACUGCGCCAGGGUGUGAAGAAGCCCUUCACGGAGGUCAUCCGUGCCAAUAUCGGGGACGCACAGGCCAUGGGGCAGAAGCCCAUCACCUUCCUGCGCCAGGUCCUGGCGCUCUGCGUAAACCCGGAUCUCCUGAGCAGCCCCAACUUCCCUGAUGAUGCCAAGAAAAGGGCGGAGCGCAUCUUGCAGGUGUGCGGGGGCCGCAGCCUGGGGGCCUACAGCAUCAGCUCUGGCAUCCAGCUGAUCCGCGAGGACGUGGCUCGGUACAUCGAGAGGCGCGAUGGAGGCAUCCCCGCGGACUCUAACAACAUCUUCCUGUCUACGGGGGCCAGCGACGCCAUCGUGACAGUGCUGAAGCUGCUGGUGGCAGGCGAGGGCCGCACGCGCACAGGUGUGCUCAUUCCCAUCCCCCAGUACCCGCUCUACUCCGCCGCGCUGGCCGAGCUCGACGCGGUGCAGGUGGACUACUACCUGGACGAGGAGCGCAUCUGGGCGCUCGACGUGGCCGAGCUGCGGCGUGCAGUGCGUCAGGCACGUGACCACUGCCGCCCGCGCGCGCUCUGCGUUAUCAACCCUGGCAACCCCACCGGGCAGGUGCAGACUCGCGAGUGCAUUGAAGCUGUGAUCCGUUUCGCCUUCGAAGAGCGCCUCUUUCUGCUGGCUGAUGAGGUGUACCAGGACAACGUGUACGCUGAGGGUUCGCAGUUCCACUCGUUCAAGAAGGUGCUCACGGAGAUGGGGCCUCCCUACGCCAGGCAGCAGGAGCUCGCCUCCUUCCACUCUGCCUCCAAGGGCUACAUGGGCGAGUGCGGGUUCCGCGCCGGCUACGUGGAGGUGGUGAACAUGGACGCUGCGGUGCAGCAGCAGAUGGUGAAGCUGAUGAGCGUGCGGCUGUGCCCGCCAGUGCCGGGUCAGGCCCUGCUCGACUUGGUGGUCAGCCCACCCGCACCCUCCGACCCCUCCUUUGCGCAGUUCCAAGCGGAAAAGCAGGCUGUGUUGGCGGAGCUGGCGGCGAAGGCCAAGCUCACCGAGCAGGUCUUCAACGAGGCUCCCGGCAUCCGCUGCAACCCGGUGCAAGGCGCCAUGUACUCCUUCCCGCGCGUGCAGCUGCCGCCGCGUGCGGUGCAGCGCGCUCAGGAGCUGGGCCUGGCCCCUGACAUGUUCUUCUGCCUGCGGCUCUUGGAGGAAACUGGCAUCUGCGUAGUGCCUGGGAGCGGCUUCGGACAGCAGGAAGGCACCUACCACUUCCGGAUGACCAUUCUGCCCCCCAUGGAGAAGUUGCGGCCGCUGCUGGAGAAGCUGAGCGGGUUUCACGCCAAGUUCACCCGCGAGUACUCCUGAGUACCCUAGCUGGGGCUGGGGUGGGCUGCCCCUGGACUGACUGCUCAGGGCCCUGGGGGGUUCUGGAGCCCUCUGGACUUGGUUCUGCUGCCUGGGAGGCUGGGCCCCUGCAUCUGUGCAGGUCCCUAAUAAAGCUGUGAUGGUCUGA